AACACAGAGUAGAAGUUUCGAACGUCUUUAUCAGUGGUCCAACGUUGAACACAGAAUCGCAGUCACGAACUCUUCAAUCCCCUUCUCUCUCUAGAAAUCGGAGCUGGACGAUGGGUGCUCUAUGUUGUUGCUUCCAUGCUCCUGAUGCCCCAGAAACUGUAGAAUCUAGCACUUCCAACCAUUCAUUCAAUUUCAUCAUUCAGAACUUAAGAAAUAAGUAUGGACGGAUAUUUGGCAGACUGGAGAUGGCAAGGCAUCCUUCAGCAUGUUUUCAGGGGCCAGAAUCUUCAAGUUCUGCGGUGGAACCUGAUAAUAUGCACUCCAACACUGGUAUAUAUUCCACAAAUGCUAUUGGUUCCCGGUAUCUCCAAAUACGACAUGAUUCUGUGGGAAUGGGGCAUGCGAGAAACGCAGGAUGCUCCUACUUGGGGUUAGCACUGCCUAGAAAAUGCAAUAAUGUCCAAACAGCAGAAUCACAAGAAUUCAAUUUGGAGUCCUAUGAGAAGGUCUUCAUGUAUAAAGUGGAAAGUAGGGCUGGAUAUGUUGAUUCUGCAUCUGAAGACGAGGAUGUUUGUCCCACAUGCCUUGAAGAAUAUACGGUGGAAAACCCCAAGAUUGUUACAAAAUGCUGUCACCACUAUCACCUCGGUUGUAUCUAUGAAUGGAUGAAGAGAAGCGAAACAUGCCCAAUUUGUGGGAAGUUAAUGGAAUUCAAUGAAGCCUGCUGAUCUUGACUGCCUUGACAAAUUAAAGAAGACAGGAACAUGGAAAAGGAAACAGAAACUACAUUAUUGUGAAUAGCCACAUCCGAACGUGUUCAUAGCAAAGUUUUUGAAUUUGCAGUUGGUAUAUGCUUUUUGAUUGGCUGAUAUGUUGUUACAUUUCAUGUUGCCUGUGGAUCGAGUUUCCAUGCAUUCCUCUAUUUGGUUCAGAAUAAAUCUACACAAGCAAUAGAUCAGGUAGAGCUAUGUUCAAAUUUCUUUUGUU